AUCAACAAUAUUGUGUUUUAUUCUGAUUUAUAAUAUUAAUCAAGUGACUCCAUCAGUUGUAACAACAAAUAAUGUACUCAAUAUUAUAAAAUUUUAUACGCUUCAAUCAGAUGCUGAAUUAAGCGCUCUUUGUAGAAAACAAAGUGAUAUUUAUUUUAAAACUUUAAUAACAUCAACUAAAGAUGAAUGGGCUAAGGAAAUGAUGGAUGCCUCAUCCAAAUUCCAACCUGGAGUUUACUUCGGAAACGUUGCUGAUUUAGGAGCAUUUGAUGAAUGUUUACAAAUUGAUAAUGAUAAAGAGAAUAUUAAAGGCAAAUAUUGUCUUACAAAAUUAAAAAUACCAUUGCUGCACAACAAAUCCUUCAUUCGUAUGCAGAAUCUUUGGGAUAAUUUUGAUGAAAAUGAUCAGCCUGAGAAUUUUGCUCGUGAACCACCAGAUUUUACGCAACGAUGGUCAAUUUGUGUACCAUAUGGAUGUACAGCAAAAGAUGUUGAAACACAUUUAAACAGUUACGAUAAAAAUCUAAAAUUUACAGUGGAAGAAAAAUACUGUCAGACAAUUGAAUCUCAACCAAAACUGAAUUCCGGUGAUUGGGCCACAAUAGGUAUUCUUAUAGCUUUUGCUUGUGUUAUUAUUUUAAGCACAUGUUAUGAUGUUUAUCUCCAUCAAGCAGAUAAAGAUCCAAUACACCCUUUAACAAUUGCAUUUUCGUGGUUCAGCGGUUUCCAAAAAUUGAUUAAAAUAAAUAAUAAUCCUGAUCUGUUACCUUGCUUAAAUGGAAUUCGAGUACUUAGUAUGCUUUGGAUAAUUCAUGGCCACGAAACUUCUGCUUUAUCAAAGUUUACACUUUUUAAUUCAAAAUAUGCUUUAGAUUGGCUUACACAUUGGUGGGCGUUGUUUACUGUUUCAAGUUCCGUCUCUGUUGAUUCAUUUUUCUUCCUAAGUGGAUUACUUCUAAUGUACGGGUUUCUCAAAUCGAAGGCCAAAAAAAUUCCUUUCAAUAUUCCUGUAUUUUACAUUCACCGAUAUCUUAGAUUAACACCAGCAUUUGCAGCUGUAAUAAUUUUAUAUAUAACGUUUUAUAUGAAACUUGGUACCGGUCCAUCUUGGGAAACAGUUAAUCAUAAUUUUCAAGAUAACUGUAAGGAACAUUGGUGGUCAAGUUUGUUAUAUAUUCAUAACUAUGUAGCUCCUGAACAAAAUUGCGUAGGCCAGACAUGGUAUUUAUCCGUCGACAUGCAGUUAUAUAUCUUAUCGCCUUUAAUAUUAAUUCCUAUUGGUAAAUGGCCUAAAAUUACACCAUAUUUAUUUGGAAUUCUAGCAGUAGUGUUUACAAUCAUUCCUACUAUAGUGGCUUGGCACUAUGAAAUACCUGCACUUGCGUUGAAUGUAGCUAUUCCUGAUUGGCAUAAAAUAUAUUAUGCCCAAGUACAUACAAGAGCUGGUCCAUGGAUUAUUGGCUUAGCUCUAGGAUACAUUUUAUUUGAAACCAAACAUAAAAAAUAUCGAAUAAAUAAGAUUUUAGUGACUCUAUUGUGGCUUUUAACUGCUGCAGUCAUGUUAUAUAUAAUUUUUGGAAAUUAUCCAGGGUUAGAUGACAAUUUUCAAUAUAGCAGACUCUAUAAUAGCUUAUUUACUGGAUUUCAUCGAAAUUUAUGGGCUCUAGGAUUAAGUUGGAUAGUUUUUGCCUGCAUACAUGGCUAUGGGGGUCCGGUGAAUUGGUUUUUAUCAUUAUCAGUAUUCCAAUUUUUUGCAAAACUUACCUAUUGUUUAUAUUUAUUACAUAAAGCGGUACAAAACUACAAUCGUGGUAUUGUGAGGGUACCAGUUAUCUUCACCAACUAUACAAUCUUACAGUCAUUCUUUAGUACAACAUGCCUGAGCACAUUCAUUUCGAUAAUUUGGGUGCUAUGUUUCGAAGCCCCUUUUGCUAUAAUCGAUACAGUCAUAAUAAAAGCAGUGUCAAAUUUAUGGAAAAAAUAGGCUGCAU